CCGCACAGUCGUCGCCGUCUUCGUUGUAGUCGUCGUUACCUACCGUCUCUACCGCCGCACCGCUGCCCGUCGGCAUUCGUAUAUAUAAACACACUGCCGUGUCCCUUUACGUUCUCGCGUUUUAAUAAUUAAUAAUCGUCGUUUUGAUAUAUUAUAAUAUUGCGUCGGAUAACAUAUAAUAAAUAUAUUACCUGGAAGCUCGCGCGCGCACGCCGCCGUGUACAGUUAGGAGGUAUAACCUAUACCUAGGUACACUCCGCGAAACCGUAUAUUAUUAUCAUAAUAACAUUAUCGGCGGCGCGCAUUAUAGUUAUUAUCCAGUACGUAGGUAAUAGCGUUUUUCCCUUCGUUUACCUCUUCUUUUCGUACGUCCGAUCGCCUAUACGACUCUCGCGUACCUCAUAUAACAAUUAAUUUGACAUCAUAUACCUACGACGUUUUGAAUUCGUUUUCACGAGAGCGGCCUUGAAUGGACGACAUUGACAGUGUUCUCGUGAUAUAUAAAUAAAACCCAUAUGCACACAAUACACGCAUAAUAACAAAACUAUUACGCACGUCUAACGCGUUCCUUUGCGUGCGUUGUACCUGCCUACCUAAAUUAUGAUAUAUAGGAACUGCGGCCAAUAACAUAAUAUAUUAUUGUAAUAAUAAUUCAGCUCGCGCACAAAACUGUUGUUUUGGCGAACGACGGCGGCGGCGGCGCGGCAGCAGCAACAGCGCGCAACCGGCUACUCGAUAUUUUACGUACCUGCCGUAACAGUUAUCAGUCAAUCGUGACACGGACGCCCGAGCGGACGGACGGACGGACGGACCGACGGAGACACGCGCCCCCCCCCGAAAAUGCCACAGCUCAUAUUGUCCAACAGCGAACGGAUCGCUCCGGCGGCCGUCAUCGUCGACGACCACAAACCCGUCGGCACGGACGUCGAUUUCCCGGACGUGCUGGCCGACCUGGACGUGGAAUCGUUGCCGGACGACGUUGUCGAAUACGGUCGAGUCCGAGUUGGCGAGACCGAGGAGUCCAGGACCAGACUGGUGGCCGAACUCGAGGACAUGAUAUACGAGAGAGGGGAUGUUACACCGCACAGAAUGGAUGAAAAGUUUCUACUACGGUUUUUAAGAGCUCGACAUUUCAAACUUAAUGCCACAUACAAACUAAUCGUGAAUUACUACAGAUUUAGAGAAAAUCAUCCAGAUUACUACACAAUAAAUCCACUGGAUUUAUCUUUCAUAGCCGACUUAGAAGUAUUAAGCGUUCUGCCUUACAAAGAACAAACCGGCAGACGAAUUUUAAUUUAUAAAUUAGGUAAUUGGAACACCAACGAUUUCGACAUGAACGAAAUACUUAAAGCAUCGCUGGCCACGUUAGAGCUUGGCAUUUUAGAACCGAUGGCUCAAAUACUCGGUGGGGUGGUCAUAUUCGAUAUGAACGGAUUUACGCUUCAGCACGCUUACCAAAUCACGCCAAAAGUCGUUUCUACGAUUUUCGACCUCAUCGUCUAUUCUAUACCGAUGAAAACGUACGCGAUCCACAUAAUCAACGAGUCGUGGGUGUUCGAAACGGUGUUCAAUCUCUUUAAGCCGCUUUUGGGCAAGCGUUACAACGAAAUGUUAUUUUUCCACGGUAAAAAUAUGGAAUCUUUACACAAACACAUCGAUCCAAAAUAUCUGCCAAAAGAAUACGGUGGAGUGCGUCCAAAUUAUCCUUAUCAACAUUGGUUUAUUAAUUUGAAGAACAAUGCCGCAGUAGUAAAAGAAAUGGAGAGUUUGGGUUAUAACAUUAACUCUAAAUGAUCCUCGUUGAAACGUUAUACUAUUGUAAUUACACAUAUUUUUUUUUAAUUUUAAGUUUUAUGCUUUCAAUUUUUGGUUCAUGUUUAUCAUUUUUAUUAUUUCAUUUUUAAUAAAUAUCAUAUAUUAUAUUAUAGUAUUUAAAAUAAAUCCAUGACAUUGAUCAUUCAUAA